UUGUUUGCGCGUUGAAGGGAAAGCGUAAUAACGCCUCCUGAUAUCGAUAUCGAUAUCAUAUCACAAAAAACAAUAAACCCUAAAAUAAACGCUAAAAACUAGUAGUUUUGUGUGCCAGAAAAACGAAAUUAGCAGCUGGACGUAGCCAAGUUGCCACGUCAACCGAACGACAUCAACACCAGACACCACAACGCCCAGCGCCACCAUGGACAUCAUGGAUAUCCAGGCCGUAGAGUCCAAGCUGAGUGACGUCACGGUGACACCGAUACCGCGCAGCCAAGUGCAGAAUUUCUACAAUUACCAGCAGCAGCGGGAGCAGCGCGAGCAGCAGCCCCAAAUCCAGAUAUCUGCCAUCCACCACUCGCGUGGAUCCGGUGGCGGAGGAGGCGGAUCCAACUCAUCUAACGCGGCCACCGACUACUCCACGAGCAGCGGUGGCAAGCGGGAGCGGGACCGCUCCUCCGCCAGCGACUACAGCAGCUCGUCCAGCAAGCAGAGCUCCGCUGCAGCGGCCAAUGCAGCAGCAGCUGCCGCCGCCGUCGCUGCCCUCCAAUACUCCCCGCAGUUCCUCCAGGCCCAGUUGGCGCUACUCCAGCAGCAGUCGAACACGACAGCCACGCCGGCAGCCGCCGCAGCUGCGGCCCUCUCCCUGGCCAACAUGUGCUCCAGCAAUGGUGGUCAGCGGAAUUCCGGUGCCGGCGUCUCCUCCACCUCCUCCGGCAGCAAUGGGCAGAGCAUGGGCCUGAAUUUGAGCUCUUCGCAGCUAAAGUACCCGCCACCCUCCACCUCGCCCGUGGUGGUGACCACCCAAACUUCGGCCAAUAUCACCACGCCGCUGACCUCCACGGCCAGCCUGCCCUCAGUGGGCCCGGGCAAUGGGCUGACCAAGUACGCCCAGCUGCUGGCCGUCAUCGAGGAGAUGGGCCGCGACAUACGGCCCACGUACACGGGCUCGCGCAGCUCCACGGAGCGGCUCAAGCGGGGCAUUGUCCAUGCCCGCAUCCUGGUGCGCGAAUGCCUCAUGGAGACGGAGCGUGCGGCGCGCCAAUGAGAGGAGGAGACGCUGGCGCCGCAGCUGGCGACGCCGGAGUAAAACGGACCAGGAGGCGAGGAUGAGCCUCACCUAGGUUAAUUCCCCCCAAACAAACAAAAAAAAAAAACACGGACAAAAUGGGUCAGAAAUUCGUAAUCUUUGCACAGUUGUGAGUUCAUUUCGCUGGAAUAUCAUAGGAUCAAAACGCUCCAGAGAUUGCCUAUAGCUAACGCAAAGAUCCAUUUUGUCCCAAUUUAAGCAUUAAACUGUAGCAAUUUGUACUAACUUGUAAGCCCCCAUCAACUUAAUGGCCCUCGGGCCGCCGGACCAUAGUUAAAGAAUGUUUAGACUAGCUCAGGUUACAAUCGGUUAAAUCGACAAUGCUACGAGUACAGCUGCAGCCCAAGUUAUUGGACUUUGUGUAUCUCAACCGUAUACCCAUUAAUCUGUAUCCGUAAACGCAAGACCCAGUUGCUCCUGUGUGUCUGCGUUAGUGAAUGCGAUUAAUUACGAGUAUCUGGCGUCGAGGAGAUGCAGAUACAAAUGCAGAUGCAGGGCAGGAUGAGUGCGAGUUUGUCACUGCCGGAUUAUAGAGCUGCUCCUCGUUAUUUUAGAGAACUAUACAAAUGCAGAUAUGUAGAUGUAGUUAAGCAGAGAUAUAUGUAUACAUAUAUACUUGUUAUGCAAGCGAACAGUGUGCAUGUCCAAGUGGAAUGGUGAAUUAGUGGCAAUUGACACGAGAAUAUUUAUAUAUGUAUACACAUUAUUUACUAUAUGUAUGAGAGCAAAUACGACUAAGUUCAAGCAUGUAUACCAAACCGAAGCCGAAAUCGAAAUCGAAAUAAAUGCGCAAUUUUGGUUUUUGUAAACGCA